AUGCCGUCGUCUCAAGAAACUGUCCCUGAUCGGGCUGUCCCUGAAUCCAUGGACUCUUCACACAACAAAGCAGAUACUGCAUCCAGUACUGCAGAUGCCGCUGCCGAUACCGCGAACUCCGGGUCCAGUACUGCUACAGAUCCUGUAUCCAGUUCAGAUGCUUCAGCUGCACUUACGGAUCCUACGUCUAGUACUACCAACCCUGCGUCCAAUGAGACGAAAGCCGAUUCUACGGAUUCCGCAGCUACACCAAAUUCUACUCAUGCUUCAUCCAAUCCUACAGAUUUCGCACCAGCUUCUACGAACUCCGCAUCUACUAUCAAAGAUAUUGCACCCAAUGCUACAAAACCGGAACACAAUACCACAGAUCCUGCACUCAACACAUACCCUACCCCCCGCUAUCCUAGCCCUACCCCAGAAGAUGGACUCGGGCUUCAGCAUGGGAUGCCCAAUCCUCAGGGGGCAUUUCCUCAUCCACAGACCGCUGCUUCAGUGACGGUGGCUUCCAGUUCCCAAGCCCCUGUUCCCCAUACUCAAGUCGCGACUGCAGGUCAACAGAGCGCGGCUGCAAAUUCGCAGGUCAUGGCUUCCAGUCAUCAUCUAACCGCGAGUACACAUCCACCUCCACAUCCAUACUGGGCAUAUCCAGCCCCAUGGCAAUAUCCGCCUCGAGGCCAAUAUCCAGUUCCAGGCCCAUAUCCUCCUCCCGGCCAGUACCCUCCUCUUGGUCACUAUCCUCCUGGUCAGCAUCCCCUUCCUGGCCAAUAUUCAGGUCCGGGUCCAUGGCCAGCUCCAGGCCAUCAUCAAGCUUCAAGUUCAUGGCCAGCUUCCAUUCCAUAUCCACCUCCAGGCCACUAUCCGGCUCAUAUGCCUCCAUACCCUCAUCCACCUCCAAAUUACUAUAUGCCUCCUCACCCUCAUCCUCAUAUGCCUCCACAUCCCAAUCCUCAUAUGCCCCCAAGUUCUUAUCCUCAUAUGGGCCCUUAUAUACCCCCAAACCAUCAGAUGGGUCCAAAUCCUCACCCUCCUAUGCCACCAUACCCUCAUCCUCAUACGGCCCCGGGACCCUACCCGGUUCCAGGUCAAUACCCAGCUCCUACGGCUCCCGGUCCUCAAGCGCUUCAGACUUCACGGACCGCGGCUCCGAAUCCAGGAAGUGCAAUUCCCACCCCAGAAACGGCGUCGCAGAGUCCACAAACAGGAACUCCCGGUUCAGGAGCUGCGACUCCAACCCCAGAGAUGGAGGCUCCAAAUUCAGAAACUGCGGGCUCCAGCGGCUAUAAAAUCCCAAAACGCGUUCAUCGCAUCGAACGCACAUUCUCUGUAGAGAAGAAACAGAGCGUUCUUACCUUUCUGCAACAGCAUCGCAUUCCUACGGACAAGCGGCCUUCCAGGAUAAAGACGGGUCUGGAGGAUGUCGAAGGCAACCAACAGCAGGAGGAAGGGGGCCGCUUCUUUCGGACUCCAACCUUUCGCGAAGCUGCGGCACACUUUCAGAUCUCCUCGACGACGAUUGCGACAUGGUGGAAGCAGCGUGAAAAGAUCAUGGCCAAAGGGAGGCGGUGA